CUCUCAUGCACGACGGCGCUGCGAAAUAUCUCAUGGGCGCGCACCCGCGCACAAUGAUUGCAUUUCCAAUGGUUGCAAACCUGCAAUCUGCCCACCGGUUGGUGCAGCAUUGCUGCCUCUUUUCUUCAAUUGCUUCUCGUGCUGAUCGCAACUUCAGCAUAUCCAUCUAUUGUUGUCCAGUCAAGCAUUUUGAGCGUGAUAAGUACGCAGAGUCCCAUCAACUCGCACUCCGCAUUUCGCUGUGUAACGCUUCUCUGUUGCGCACAAUGACAGACGCAGGGCCCGCGGCUCCCCCGCCGGCAUCGGUCGGCGCCAACGAGCACGUUGACACCAUCACAGAGAACGCCACGCAAAAGCUGUUUAUGCACAUUCUGGUUAAGGGCCUCCAAGCGGGCUCCCUCCUCGGGUGCGCAAUCGCGCUGCCCCUUGCGGUGCGGCAUUACGUGUUCCGUAAGGCUGCCGGAAGCUAUAUCCCGUCUGCGCUUGCGGUGGUGGAACGGUCGGCGGGAGUGGGCACGUUGCUCUCAGGCGGUCUUGGCGUCUACAAAGUCUGGGGCACCCCCCUAGACGAGGAAGGCAUCCGGGAGCGUGUUUACAAGCUGCACUACAACCAGGGCCAAAAGCGCACCGACUACUUCAGCCUGGUGGGAAUGCUCGCCGGGGGGGCAGCUUCGGCAGUGCUAAUAGCCCCCCGCACUGCGCUCGGGGGCGCAUGCGUAGGGGCAGCCGCCGGAGUACUGGCGCACGUAGCCACGAGUCAGGAGUCAAAGAAGCCAAGUCAAAUGAUUGAAGAGCUCAAAAGCUAGGGAUUGCAGCAGGCGGGCUACUGUUGUCUUGCGGAGGGUGCCUUGUGAACGUUCUUGUGUUUUUGAGUGUACAGUUCUGGCAUGUUGCAAGGUUCAUGUAUGCAGGAACAUUUCUUUGUGGUAUAUAUCUACAUAUUGUGUUGGAUAGAUCAUGGUCAUACUUCGUUGAAUCCUCAUUGUGGAUAAGCUUCUGCAAAGAGAGUGUACUUGAAUCAGAAGUGUAGGUAGCUGUACCAAACCAUUAGUAUUGAGACGUGCUUAUAUUUUACGACCUACAAUCUGGUGGACCUGAAUGGUUUCACUCAACAAGCAUUCAAGCUGCAAUAACACGAAGAGGUCUGUUU